GAAGUGACAGUCCACUGUUUGUUGAUGCGGAAGCAGAAAGAGCUUUAAGAUGUUUUGAGAUUGACGUUGUUGUAUAUUUUAAAAUAAGUAGAAGGCAACAGGAAAAAAUAGUUUAAUCGAAAGUGAGAAGCUAUAGUUUGACGACAUAUCCAAAGCUAAUGGCCGGUAGUAAUCUACAGAAAGCUAUAGAUCUCGCCAGCAAAGCUGCAGCGGAGGACAAAGCCAAGAACUACGAAGAGGCCCUCAAAUUAUACCAGAAUGCAGUGCAAUACUUUCUUCAUGUUGUCAAGUACGAGUCUCUGGGUGAUCGAGCGACGCAGAGCAUCAGAGCAAAGUGUGCCGAGUACCUGGACAGAGCCGAGCAGCUGAAGGAAUAUCUGAAGAAGAAGGAGAAUGCUCCUCCGGCCAAACCUGUCAAAGAGUCUGAUGACAAAGGAGAGGAUGCUGAUGGGGAUGACGCUGAGAAAAAGAAGUUCAAAGAUCAACUCUCAGGUGCCAUUGUCAUGGAAAAGCCAAACGUUAUGUGGGACGAUGUCGCUGGACUUGAGGGGGCCAAAGAAGCCUUAAAGGAAGCCGUUAUCCUGCCCAUCAAAUUCCCUCAUCUGUUUCAAGGAAAGCGAACUCCUUGGCGGGGGAUCCUUCUGUUCGGCCCUCCAGGAACAGGGAAGUCCUACCUGGCCAAGGCAGUGGCCACGGAAGCCAACAACUCCACCUUCUUCUCCGUCUCCUCCUCUGACCUCGUGUCCAAGUGGAUGGGGGAAAGUGAGAAGUUGGUGAAGAACCUGUUCACUUUAGCCCGGGAAAACAGGCCAUCCAUCAUUUUCAUCGAUGAGAUCGACUCUCUCUGCGGCUCCAGGAGUGAGAACGAGAGUGAAGCAGCGCGCAGAAUCAAGACGGAGUUCCUCGUCCAGAUGCAAGGUGUUGGAACCAAUAAUGAAGGAGUCCUGGUGCUGGGAGCUACAAACAUACCGUGGACAUUGGACUCCGCUAUCAGGAGAAGGUUUGAAAAGCGAAUCUACAUUCCUCUGCCGGAGGAGCACGCCCGCUCCUUCAUGUUCAAGCUGCAUCUGGGCUCCACCCCAAACGAACUGACGGAGGCAGACUUCAUCAAUCUGGGCAAAAAGACCCAGGGCUACUCUGGGGCGGACAUCAGUGUUAUCGUUAGGGACGCCCUGAUGCAGCCUGUCAGGGAGGUGCAGUCUACCUCUCACUUCAAGAAGGUGAGUGGGUCAUCGUGGAAAGAACCCGGCGUUGUGGUGGACGACCUCCUGACUCCAUGUUUACCGAGCGAUCCCGACGCCAUAGAGAUGAAGUGGAUGGACGUUCCUGGGGAGAAACUUCUAGAGCCAGUUGUGUCCAUGACGUACAUGCUGAGGUCACUGACAAGCACCAAGCCCACGGUGAAUGAGGAGGAUUUGGGGAAGCUGAGGAAAUUUACUGAGGAUUUUGGUCAAGAAGGCUAAUAAUACACAUUCUAAUUAUCAAUGAAACUGCAAAUAACCCUUAUUUUUCAAUGUCAGUUACGCUUGUUUCUUAAUCUGUUUUGCUACAAAAAUAAGACAAAGAAAAUAUUUCCCAGGGAUGUGAGCCAACAGAAAGCAAGCUAAUAUUGAGGUUUAAUUAAAGACAAAGUUGCUGUUUUCCUGGAGAAUUGACUAACAACUUUAAUUGAGGAUUUUCUGCCAAUUAAAUAAUCAACUGUUUAUGUACUGUCCAUCAGACAUUUUUCAAACUGCUCAUGUUUACAUAUUUUAUUUACGUAUUGGUUUUAUUUUCAUGUCAAAGUGACAAUAUUCUUUAUUUGUUUAAGAGCUACCUUUAUCAUCACUGUUCAAAAAUAGCAGAUAAUGAUGCUGAAUUUCGUAAAUGCACAUUUUCAACACUACAUACCUCUUCUUAUAGUUUAAGGGGAGUUAUAUUUUGCUUAACAGAAUAAGUUUGGUGGUUGGCUUUAAUAAAUGGGUAUUUAUACCGUCAAAUUUAACAAGAGUUACUCUUCUAAACAUUUAAAUAACCUUUUAGUAGCUGUUUGCAUUUCUCUAUAUACAAAUUGUCAUUAACCACUUUAAAAGGGCCUUCUGGUUUUCUUGUGAGUUACUGAAUGUUCACUAUUACAGUAUAGUUUCAACCUUUAAACCUUGUGUUAACCUUAUGUUCCUAAUCACUUUAAGAUCCUGUCAUUAUGCUCAGUUGGUUUGAAAGGUCUUUAUAUCAAGUUUCUCUUUCUUACUGACUGGUUGUAUAAAAGAAACUGGUUAUGGUGGCCUUUUGCACUUUUGUUGUAUUCUAUAUGACAUGUUCUGUGAACGAAAGUCUCAGGGUUGAAUAAACGACUCAAACAAAACUACAGGAGUCUUUAUUAAUGUUACGAAUAUAUUUAUUGUUAAAAUACAUCUCUUAAUUAAUUGCCAUAUAUAUUCUAAAUGAUGGUACUUUAUUUAGUACAUUUGAUAGGAUAAAUACAACAUGUAAGUUUAAAUCUUUAACAGAUAUAUAUAUAUAUAAAAGACAUCAAUGUUACGCUGCUUGCACAAGCUCAUAAUUUGAAGUCUUGAACAUCUCUUCCGUUAAUGUGAUCAGUAAAGAUAUGAAGUGUUUUUAUAAAUAAAGGCAAACGUGUUUUCUAUUUAGCAGAAGUUGCUAUUUCUUACUGAAUAAAUGAAGUCUUAAGUAACAUAUUUAAUAGGAGAAUCUCAAGAUACUAAUUGGUAUUUGUGCAUAUCACACCAAGCUUACUGAAAUAAAAACCAAACUAUAUGUUCAAACACAAAUUGAAAAGCAUGGUUCAAGAGCUGCCAAUGAAAAACGAAAAAAUAAAUAAUGCUUGCAAAUAUGAGUUAGGAGGAGCGACGUCCCUUUUCACAUCAAAGCACAUCGUGUAAAUGCAAAUGUUUCCCUCGUACAAAGACUUAUUUGUGGUGGUGACAACAUCAGACAUCCCAGCAAGAUUCCUCCUAACACGUACCUCAAAAUGCUACAAUGUAAAUGAUUAUUGCUUUUUGUGUGUGUGAUCCUGUUUUGCCCAACUCUCAUCUCGAGUGCCUCCACCACAAAUAACCUGACAAACACUGCAUAACCCAAAA